UUGUUUUUGUAACUUCGGCGUUUCCUUAGCUGUGAAAAGUCUCUGGCUGUAUCUCCUUCUAUCUCGAAUAUUAUCUCUCCGCAGGCAAACAUCGGAGCUCAAUUUUUUUUUUCUUUUCCGAGUCUUGGCUUUCAGAUUGCAUGUUCCACUGCUGUGAUUGACAUAACAACAGUUUGUCAGUGAAGAGUCAUUGAAAUCAAUGAAAUCUUGGUUAGUAUGUCUGGAUUAAUUGAAGGUCUUCCGGAUGCUGUUGCCCUUAGGUGCCUAGCACGGGUUCCCUUCUACCUUUAUCCUAAGUUGGAGCUUGUUUCCCGUUCCUGGAGAGCUGCCAUUCGUAGCCCGGAGCUGUUUAAAGCUCGGCAGGAAAUUGGCUCAGCAGAGGAGCUUAUGUGCGUGUGUGCCUUUGAUCCAGAAAAUUUAUGGCAGAUGCAUGAUCCUUUACGAGACAUUUGGAUUACUCUUCCUGUGCUUCCCUCAAAGGUCGGGCACCUUGCUUACUUUGGUGUGGUCUCUACUGGUGGGAAGCUGUUUGUGCUUGGUGGUGGAAGUGAUGAUGUUGACCCAUUAACCGGUGAUCAAGACGGGAGUUUUGCAACCGAUGAAGUCUGGUCCUAUGACCCUGUAGUGCGCCGGUGGGCUCAACGUGCAUCCAUGAUCUUACCCCGAGCAAUGUUUGCAUGUUGUGUUUUGAAGGGAAAGAUCAUCGUGGCUGGUGGUUUCACCAGCUGCAGAAAAUCUAUAUCUCAAGCAGAAAUGUAUGAUCCUGAGAAGGAUGUCUGGAUUCCAAUACCCGAUCUCCACCGCACCCACAAUUCGGCAUGCACAGGGUUAGUUAUAGGAGGAAAGGUGCAUGUAUUGCACAAGGGGUUAUCUAAAGUUCAAGUUCUGGACAAUGUUGGUACUGGGUGGACAGUGGAGGAUUACGGUUGGCUCCAGGGUCCAAUGGCAGUUGUACAGGAAGCACUCUACGUCAUGAGUCAUGGACUUAUUUUCAAGCAGGUAAAGGAAGUGAGAAAGGUCGUGACAUCAUCUUCGGAGUUUCGUAGGAGAAUCGGAUUUGCAAUGACAGGACUAGGAGAUGAAAUAUACGUGAUUGGAGGGGUAAUUGGCCCUGAUCGAUUUAAUUGGGAUAUCCAACCGAUGUCUGAUGUUGAUAUAUUGACAGUUGUGGGUGAUAGACCUAUGUGGCGUCAGGCAGCUCCGAUGACAAAGUGCCGAGGAACAAUUUUUGGCUGUACACAACUAAGAAUUUAGAUCUCAAACUUUUUAUUUAUUUAUUUUUGUUCAAUAGUUUGUUUGGGAUGUCUACUGAUGUUGAGGCAUUGAGUU